AUGCGCCCGUCCACCUCCGUCCUCGUCUUCCUCCUUCUCAUCUGCUCCAUCGCAUUUCUGGCGUCAGAGGCGAGUCCGAGUGCGAACAAGCACGCCCGAUGCGUCCAUCAGGUCGUCAAAUCGCUCACCGAACUGUGCAACGGACAAUCGGAACUCGGUGAGUGUGGUGCCACGUGUCAUCCGUUUCCGAAUCUGGUCCGUUUCAGACACGAUGCGACAGCUGGCAAGUCGGUGCUGCAAAGAGAAUUGCGACUUUUCGGAGAUGGUCGCCGCGUGCGGAUCGUCUGCUCCGGAAGACAGUUUCUAA